AUGCCCGACAACGGUGGCCCAGGAUGGCGCGUACUAUGCUGGAACGCGGGCGGCCUAACAGCUAGCACCUGGCAAGAAUUGGAAACAUACGCACGCUUGUACCAGUAUGAUGCGGUCCUGGUCCAGGAAACGAAGUGGCGCCACGACUCGACGUGGUCGAACCAGGCCUUCCAUUACGUGCAUAGUCAAGGUGUUCGGAAAGAAGACAGCACCGGAGGAGUGCUGAUCAUGAUCGCCACCCGACAUGCGAAGGCGAGGGAUAUUCAGUUUCAUGCCAUUCACCCCGGCCGUCUCGUACACGUCCGAAUCCCGAAGGGACAGACACACAUCGACAUCAUGAAUCUCUAUCAGUACUCGGUGAGCGACGCAGAGGGUGUGUAUGAACGAAGAGCUGCCCUGACCUUCAAGUUGCACAGGUGCUUGGCGGGAUUGCCGAGAAGGAACUUCCUGCUCCUUGGAGGAGACUUCAACUGCCCUUGCGAGCCCCAUAAGGCGACAUGCGGACAGUGUGUCCUGAAUCACAACUUGUCACAUUAUAGGGAUUAUCAGGACAUGCAGAAUGUGCUUCGCACCCUACACUUGUGUGUCCUGAACACCUGGUGUCGGCCUCAACAUGGACAACUGGCUACCUUCACCUUCGGUAAAAUUGCUUCCCAGAUCGACUUUCUGGUUGUGAGGCAGCAGCAUGCGGAUGCCAGGGCCAAGAAGGCCCAGAUCCUGGAUCGGUUCCCGGUGGGUGCCUGGCGAGAAGGUGCCAAUCAUCAUCCCGUGGUUGCCACCAUCACUCUACCUAAACAUGUUUAUCGAGCAAGUCCCAGUGCUGGGGUGGUACCACAGUUUGAUCAGGAAUCACUGGCUCGGGACCUCCGGGCAAGUCAUACUCCGGAGGCGCUGACUGCCCUGCGCCACGCGGUGGCUUCCACCAUUCAGGGUGUGCAGAACGCGCACGCUUGCAUGCUACAGGCGGCUGCAGCCCACUAUCCCGUGCCGGAGAAGGUGCAGAGGAGGCCGGAUCAGCCCGAGGACUUGGCUAAUUCAGCCAAACACAUGUGGGGCAUGUUUAGGCAAAUGAGACAACAACGUCGCACUAUGCAGGGCAUUGUGACGGCAUGGCGGAUCUGGCAACAAUUUCAGCAGGCGCACCGAAUACAUAAGCACAGAUCCCGGCAACGUCUCAAACAACGCCGGGAUGAUCUCAUACAACAGGCUCAUGACUCGGCGGUGACCGGUAACCUUUUCGGGUUGUGGCGAGUGGUCAAGCAGCUGGCACCGAAGGCGCCGAGGAAACGUCUGCAGUUACAUAGGGACAAUCGCAUAAUCAGCACUGAAGAGGAACUGCAAUGGAUAUUGGACUCCUACGGGGAACGAUAUGGAGCCGACGCCUCGAUCGAGCCACCAGAUAUCACACACUGCAGUACACAACAGGUCAGCAUCAGCCCCACCGAGCUCAUCCAUGUCCUGCUGCACCUAUCUCCUCGGAAGGCGGUACCGCGAGGGUGUGCUCCCACUGUUCUCCUUAAAGCAUGCGGUAUGCAAAUCGCGGAGGCGGUGGCGUCAGACGUGAACCACCAGUGGACACAACCUGCACCUCAGGUGGCGCAGGGCUGGUCCGACGCGGAAGUGGUCCUCCUUCCCAAGGCGCAUGGUCGCUCGCAAACACCACUGGACUACAGGCCAAUCGGCUUGCAGGACCCGCUCGGAAAGAGCAUCAUGACACUGCUGAUCCAGCAGGUGUUCCAGCAUUGUCAUCGGAUCCGCGAGAUCAGCAAGAACGAGCGCCUCACGCUCCAUCAGAGAGCGGAGGGCCUACAGCAGUGGCAUCAUCUGAAGCAGGCACUGGACCUCGCAGGCACACCUCUUCAUGUCCAGGAACUCCUGCUCAAGUGGCUGAUACAGGAAUGGGUACAGGACCAUGCGGUACUCUACGCGGCCAAAACUGCAUUCCGCGUACUGCAGAGCUUCCAUCUCAAGAUCAACUUCGAGAAGACCAAGGCCAUCUUGAAGGUCGUCGGCACCCAACAGGACAAAGAUCAAACUUCCAGAUUGCUGCUCUCCCCGAAAGACCCGACCACGUGGAUCACGCUGGUGACCCAGACUGAGUGGGCAAUGGCGAAGAUACUGCACUCCCGCAAGAUGGGAAUCCACUACAAGCUGUGGGUUUGGCGCAGCUGCGUGCUUAGCACCAUGACGUAUGGACUACAGAGUUGUGGUAUUACUGGUGAUCAUGCACAGGAGGCACAACGCUCCAUGAUGAAGCAUGUUCGGGCCAUCGUUUCCAACCAGGCCCACAUCACGGGAGAUACUCACGCAGCUAUCAUGGAACAGUAUCACAUCAAGCCUUUCCGGGUGCUCAUUCAGGAAGCUCAUGAACGCGAACUGCAAACGGCAAUAGCCAGACAGGACUGGAUGUGGGACUCAUCGUGGCAGCAGCACGUCCAGACGCAGCUUGCGCACAGGAUGGAACAGCCGACUCACUCGGAUGAGGCGGAGGUUUGGUCUUGCCCCCACUGUGAGGAGGUCUUUGUUUCUUCAGCAGCAUUGAAAACCCAUGCUAGACGCACUCAUGGCAUCAAAGAAGAACAUCAACACAUUUUCAAUAAAGCGGAGCAUUCUAUCGGUGGCUUGCCCACUUGCCGCUGCUGUGGGAAAAAGUUCUCCAAGUGGCAGUCGCUUGCAAUGCACAUCAACCAGAACAGUUGCCCAGUUCUCACGCGGGACGCGGAGUCACAGGACAACACUGAGCACUAUGACAAUAUGCCGGAUCCUAACAGUGUUGCUGAUGUCAUGUGUCGCCAGCCAGAGGUGGUUCAGGCAUCCAAGAAGGGCAUCAAUGCAUUCAUCACUUUACAUGAGUACACUCAGCGGAUGCGACAAACGAUAACCAGGAGGAGCUACAGCAUGGACGAUGCGCUGAGCGAGUUCUUUGGCGAGGUCAAGAGCGAGCAGGAAGGCAAAGCCAACAAGCGGCGGAGGCCGGAGGAGGGCCCCCAACGUCGAACGUCCCGGAGCCACAACAGCCAAAGCGAGGACUCAUUACUGGUUUCUUUAGCAAGGCUGACGCUCCGACAGGAGGAAGAACUUCUUGUGCUGAAACAGGAUCACUCUCUGAUACUGUUCAUGAGGCCCGGCAAGGACUCCGUUCUCAACUUCUUGUUCCAAACGGCAUCCCUGUACAAGCAGAAAAUGAAGGAGACCCCGACGUGGGGAGUGAACUUCCAACCACCAAGGGCUGUCCUGGCAUUGGCCCUGUUCAAGGAGCUGGCCAACAGGCUAGAGACAACUUUAGGGGACUCGGCCAAACUCAAGGAGAUCAAGGACCUGGGGUGGAUGGACGAACAAGGACGGUGGAAGUAUCAGGUCUGGAAUGCCAGCCUACGUCACCUACAAGAGGACACAGACAGAAAGCCCCUGACCACCGAGGAAAUCAAAGUGAUACUGAACAGAUUGUACGGGCUACUCAAAGGGGAUGUGGUCACGAGAUUUCAUUGCACAAGGAAGCUCACGGAAACCAUGGAGGGUCAGGCUACCUUCUUCCUGGACCUGUCGAGUCGCGGGUCGGGACAGGAGGCAUGGCAACAUCUUCAACUCCUGCAAGGGAGCUGUGUGCUACAGCUGAUCGGUCUGGCCUACAAGAAG